GGGCGGGCGGGUGAAGCGGGGUGCGCGAGUCCUCGGGGCCAACCCGAGGCCCGGCUGGGUAGGCCUGAGCGCGAGCAUGAGGCAGCGGCAUGUCCCCACCGUGAGCCUCCCACCAGCGUAGGCCCGCAAAGCGUGGCGGCCUGAACUGCGGCAGCAUCUGCGCCUCCUGUGCCCGGGCACCAAGACUGGCACCUCCUAUAGCUUAGUGUGUCCUGCCUGCAUUGCCCGCCGAGUCCUACCCGACCGUCUUCAGCCCAUUUUCUGGAAGAGCUGAGGCCUCAGUUCACACUGAGGCCCCCGCCCCUCUCCCACUUGCCCUCAGCCGGCCCAACCUUAAGGAGAGGGUGAUGGAAGGAUCCUCCGAGGAUGGGGGUGAGUCCCCAGACUCCCAAGGUCAUGCUACCGAUUGGAGGUUUGCUGUAUGCAGUUUCAGGGAUGCCUGGGAUGAAGAGGAACCUGCUCCCCAGAUGCAGGUUAAGGACCCCAAUCCUCCAAGACCACCAGCAGGGGCAGCCCAGGGUGAAGGGCUACAGGGUAGCCCCCUGCCUGGGGAACUCCAGUCACCCCCAGGACAGAUGGCUGCCAGUGGGUCGGGGGAUGGCCAGAAGAGCACGUUAGGAGGUUCCUCAGUCAAGUCAGAGGAACCAGCCUCCUCUGGAGUGGAGACCCUUCUAUGCCCGAUGUCCUCCCAACUCAGCCUGGCACAGGGCAAGAGUGCCAGCCAAGGGGGAGGGUUGGCAGGGGACCCAGUUACAGGCAGAGUAAUGCCAGUUGGCUUAGGCCCAAGGGGUUUGGAAGGCGACCCUGUGGACCUUGGGGACUCUCUAUCUGAGACAUCAUCAGAGCUGCUGGAGCCAGACCCCAGUGGAUCCGGCCUCUCUAAGCCCACUGACUACCUUCUGGCCCAAGACCUCGCCUGGGAGCUGCUGGCCAGUGGCAUGGCUGCCCUGCCAGGGACUCGGGAUGUAGAAGGUCGGGCAGUGCUGGUUCUGUGUGCCCAUAGCCCAGCCUGGCUUCACCCCAGGUGCAGCAGCCAUGAACUCGUCCGCCUCCUGCUCUACCUGCGAAGCAUCCCCAGGCCCGAAGUACAGGCCCUGGGACUGACUGUGCUAGUGGAUGCCCAAAUUUGUCCCCCGAGCUCUUCCCUCUUCUGGGGGCUCAACCAACUGCAAGAAGCAGCCCCAGGGUCCGUGCACCAGGUGCUCCUAGUGGGAAAGAUGCCUGAGGAAGUGCCUUCAGGACUGCAGCUAGAGCAGCUGCCUUCUCAUCAGAGCCUGCUGACCCACAUCUCUACCACGGGACUGCCCACUUCACUGGGAGGAGGCCUGCCUUACUGCCACCAGGCCUGGCUGGACUUCCGGAUGCGUCUGGAAGCCCUACUGCAGAGCUGCCAAGUGGUUUGUGCCCUGCUCCAGGAGGCCAUUGAGAGCAUGAAGGCUGUGCCUCAGCCCAUGGAGUCUGGGGAAGUCGGUCGGCUGCUACAGCAGGCACGAGUCCUGAUGCAGCAUGUGCUAGACUCGCCACAGCUGGCAUGGCUACAGUGCCAGGGGGGAUUUGAGCUGGCGUGGCUGAAGCAGGAGGUCCCAGAGGUGACCCUGAGCCCAGACUACAGGCCAGCGGUGGACAAGGUUGAUGAGCUGUAUGGCCGCGUGGAUGGACUGCUGCACCAACUGACCCUGCAGAGUAACCGCCGAGUACAGGCACUGGAGUUGGUCCAGACGCUGGAGGCUCAGGAGGGAGGGUUGCACCAGAUUGAAGUGUGGCUACAGCAGGUGGGCUGGCCAGCACUUGAGAAGCCAAGGGAGCCCUCACUGGACAUGCUGCUCCAGGCUCAAGGCCCUUUUCGGGAGCUGGACCGGGUUGCUCAGGAGCAGGUCAGGCGAGGGGAGAAGUUUCUGCAGCCAUUGGCUGGCUGGGAGGCAGCUGAACUGGGCCCCCCUGGAGCCCACUUUCUGGCCCUGCAAACCCAGCUGACUGAAUUUUCUAGGGCUUUGGCCCAGCGGCGGCAGCAGCUGGCAGAUGCCGAGAAGCUAUUGCAGUUCUUCAAGCAGGCCUCGACAUGGGCUGAGGAGGGGCAGCGAGUGUUGGCAGAGCUGGAGCAGGAGCGCCCGGGAGUCGUGCUGGAACGGCUGCAGUUGCAUUGGACCAAGCACCCUGACUUGCCUCCUGCCCACUUCCGAAAGAUGUGGGCUCUGGCCACAGGGCUGGGGUCUGAAGGCAUCCGCCAGGAAUGCCGCUGGGCCUGGGCACGGUGCCAGGACACCUGGCUGGCCCUGGACCGGAAGCUAGAGGCUGCACUGAAGCCACCACCGACGGGCAGCACAGCUAGCCUGUCUGUCAGCCAGGUCCCUUCUGUACCUCCCCUGAGGAAGGCAUACAGCCUUGAUCGGAAUCUGGGGCAGAGUCUCAGAGAGCCUGCCCACCACUGCCACCAUGCGGCCAUUGUGGCUGCCUGCCAUGGACCAGAGGCUGGAGAUGUUGCCCAGCCCCGGUCAUCCCCCACUACCAUGCCUCCACCAGGCAGCUCUGACCCCAGGAGCCCCAACAGGCUCCAGCUGGUGCUGGCAGAGAUGGUGGCGACAGAGCGGGAAUAUGUCCGUGCCCUUGACUACACCAUAGAGAACUACUUCCCUGAGCUGGAUCGCCCUGAUGUGCCCCAGGGCCUCCGUGGCCAGCAUGCCCACCUCUUUGGCAACCUGGAGAAGCUGCGGGACUUCCACUGCCACUUCUUCCUGCGUGAGCUGGAAGCCUGCACACGGCACCCACCCAGGGUGGCCUAUGCCUUCCUGCGCCACAGGGUGCAGUUUGGGAUGUAUGCUCUCUACAGCAAGAAUAAACCUCGCUCUGAUGCCCUGAUGACCAGCUAUGGUCACACCUUCUUCAAGGACAAGCAGCAAGCACUGGGGGACCAAAUGGACUUGGCCUCCUACCUGCUGAAGCCCAUCCAGCGCAUGAGCAAGUAUGCAUUGCUGCUGCAGGAGCUGGUGCGGGCCUGUGGGGGGCCCACACAGGAGCUGAGUGCCCUGCGGGCUGCCCAGAGCCUCGUGCGCUUCCAGCUGCGACAUGGCAAUGACCUGCUAGCGAUGGAUGCCAUCCAGGGCUGUGAUGUUAACCUCAAGGAACAGGGGCAACUGGUGCGACAGGAUGAGUUCACAGUGCGUACUGGGCGCCACAAGUCCCUGCGCCGCGUUUUCCUCUUUGAAGAGCUGCUGCUCUUCAGCAAGCCUCGCCGAGGACCUACAGGCAUUGACACGUUUGCCUACAAACGCUCCUUCAAGAUGGCAGACCUUGGCCUCACUGAAUGCUGUGGGGAUAGCAACCUGCGCUUUGAGAUCUGGUUCCGCCGUCGCAAGGCCAGAGACACCUUUGUGCUGCAAGCUGCCAGCCUGGCCACCAAGCAGGCCUGGACAGCUGACAUCUCUCGCCUGCUCUGGAGGCAGGCCGUCCACAACAAGGAGGUACGCAUGGCUGAGAUGGUGUCCAUGGGUGUGGGGAGCAAGGCCUUCCGAGACAUCGCCCCCAGCAAGGAAGCUAUCAGCGACCGCACCAUCAACUACGUCCUGAAGUGCCGAGUUCGCUCUCGGGCCUCCAUUGCUGUGGCCCCGUUUGACUAUGACAGCCCCUACCUGGGAGCCUCAAGCUCCCUUCCUGGAGACCCUGCCUCUUGCUCUGUACUGGGGUCCCUCAAUCUGCACCUGUACAGAGACCCAGCUCUUCUGGGCCUCCGCUGGCCCCUGUAUCCCACCAGCUUCCCAGAGGAAGCAGCGCUGGAGGCUGAAGCAGAACUGAGCAGCCAGCCAUCUUUGACUCCUGAGGACUCAGAGGUCUCGUCCCAGUGCCCAUCAGCCAGUGGCUCCAGUGGCUCUGACAGCAGCUGUGUGUCAGGGCAGGCCCUGGGCAGGGGCCUGGAAGACUUGUCUUAUGUCUGAGCCCAGGCUUGAAGGUGGACAGUGGAUCCAGCAGUCUCUAGAUCCAAGGAACAUCACUUCCUCUCAGGAUCUGCUGUGACGAGGGCAUGGCUGGUACUUGGGCCACCUCCAGCCCACAUGCACAGCCCUAUUGACUCCCCUUUCUGAGGUCUGUGCCCAUUGGCAGACCAGGAGGGGCCUCUCCAGAGGCCCUGGCUGCAGAGCCUGAAUGAGCACCCUGAUCCUGGGCUCCUGGCCCUGUGUCCCCUUCUCCCGUCCCCCUCUCCAGCUCCUUACCCCAGUUUUGGGUUAGGAUUAGGGUAAGCAGAUGGUGUGUGUUUGUUUCCAUGCUCUUGGCUGGUGGGGCACCAAGUGGCUCUGGCAGUGACUGGGCUGCCCCACCCCAGAGGAGAAACACAGGUGACUUCCCAGCAGCUGCUUCCUACCCCCAGGUUUCAAAGCCAAGUUCCCCAAACUUAGGGAGAGGCCCACCCUUAUUGGACCCUUAUUCUUGCCUGCUCUAGCUCCCCAGGCCCAGCCCCUUCUUUCCUGGGUCAGUUUGGUUAUAUUUACUCAAUGCUUUUUGAAUAGCUUUCAAUUACAGUUGUUGUCUAAAAUUAUGUCAAUGGUUGUUAGGUCUUUGGCAUCUCAGAGAGGGAGUCCAGGCCCUUGGCUCGUGAUUUACUCUUUAUUUGUUUAUAAUAAAAAAUAGACUGAUAUGCA